GCCCUACGUCUAUCCCCUUCCCAACCCUGCCCCUUCUCCCCCCUCCCGCCGCGGCCCCCCUUUCCCUAAAGUGAGUGAGUGAGACGGGCAGAUGGAGGAGGGAUUGUAAUGGCGGCGGCCGGCAGCUCCCUGCUCUGACCCAAGGCAGGCACAUAGCAACGACCCCCUCCCCGCCCCUCUCCCGUCCGGCCUCCGCCCCGCCGUCGGCGCGGGGCCACCCUCCCCGGCCCUUCCCCCAGCUGUCGGCGUCUCGCCCUGCGCCCCGGCCGGGGCCCCACACACAAUGGACGAGCUUGCCGGAGGCGGUGGUGGCGGCCCAGGGAUGACGGCCCCUCCCCGGCAGCAGCAGGGACCUGGGGGGAACCUGAGUCUUUCGCCCGGGGGGAAUGGAGCGGCGGGCGGCGGGGGUCCUCCGGCCUCCGAGGGAGCGGGUCCCCCGGCAGGCCCCGAGCUGUCCCGGCCACAACAGUACACUAUCCCGGGGAUACUGCACUACAUCCAGCACGAGUGGGCUCGGUUCGAGAUGGAGCGGGCGCACUGGGAGGUGGAGCGGGCCGAACUGCAGGCACGAAUAGCAUUUUUACAAGGAGAAAGAAAAGGUCAAGAGAAUUUGAAGAAGGAUUUAGUAAGAAGAAUAAAGAUGUUAGAGUAUGCAUUAAAACAAGAAAGGGCAAAAUAUCAUAAAUUAAAGUAUGGCACAGAACUGAACCAAGGUGAUUUGAAAAUGCCAACCUUUGAAUCAGAAGAAACCAAAGACACAGAGGCUCCCUCAGCACCUCAGAAUAGCCAGUUAACGUGGAAGCAAGGCAGACAACUGUUAAGACAGUAUCUUCAGGAAGUAGGUUAUACAGAUACAAUAUUAGAUGUACGGUCUCAGCGGGUAAGGUCAUUACUUGGACUAUCUAAUUCAGAACCAAAUGGAUCAGUAGAAACAAAGAAUUUAGAACAAAUCCUGAAUGGUGGUGAAUCUCCCAAGCAAAAAGGACAAGAAAUCAAAAGGCCUACUAGUGAUGUUCUUGAGACAUUCAAUUUCUUAGAAAAUGCUGAUGACAGUGAUGAAGAAGAGGAAAAUGACAUGAUUGAAGGCAUCCCAGAAGGAAAAGAUAAACAUCGGAUGAAUAAACACAAAAUAGGUAAUGAAGGCUUAGCUGCAGACCUAACUGAUGAUCCUGAUACAGAGGAAGCACUGAAAGAAUUUGAUUUUUUAGUUACUGCUGAAGAUGGUGAAGGAGCUGGAGAAGCACGGGAGCAGGGGGAUGGCACAGAAUGGGAUAAAGAUGACCUCUCCCCAACUGCUGAGGUUUGGGAUGUAGACCAGGGACUAAUAAGUAAACUGAAGGAACAGUACAAGAAGGAACGAAAGGGGAAGAAAGGGGUGAAGACUGAACCAAUAACGUUUCCAUCUGGAGGAGGCAAGUCAUUUAUUAUGGGUUCUGAUGAUGUUUUGUUAAGUGUACUGGGCCUUGGAGACCUUGCAGACUUGACGGUAACAAAUGAUGCAGACUAUAGUUAUGAUUUGCCUGCCAAUAAAGAUGCCUUUCGUAAGACAUGGAACCCCAAGUAUACACUACGUAGCCAUUUUGAUGGAGUACGGGCAUUAGCUUUUCAUCCUGUAGAACCUGUGCUGGUUACUGCCUCUGAGGACCAUACUCUGAAACUAUGGAACUUGCAAAAAACAGUUCCUGCCAAAAAGAGUGCCUCUUUAGAUGUAGAGCCUAUCUACACAUUUAGGGCCCACAUUGGCCCUGUUCUGUCAUUAGCUAUUAGUUCUAAUGGAGAACAGUGUUUUAGUGGUGGUAUUGAUGCAACUAUCCAGUGGUGGAAUAUGCCUAGUCCUAAUGUGGAUCCAUAUGAUACAUAUGAGCCAAAUGUUCUAGCUGGCACUUUAGUUGCUCAUACAGAUGCAGUCUGGGGUCUUGCUUAUAGUGGCAUAAAAAAUCAGUUACUGUCUUGUUCAGCAGAUGGCACUGUUAGGUUAUGGAAUCCACAAGAAAAAUUGCCAUGUAUUUGCACUUACAAUGGAGACAAGGAACAUGGAAUUCCUACGUCUGUUGACUUCAUUGGCUGUGAUCCAGCUCAUAUGGUGACCUCUUUCAACACUGGUAGUGCAGUAAUUUAUGAUUUAGAAACAUCACAGUCAUUGGUGAUGCUUUCAUCACAGGUAGAUUCUGGUUUACAAUCCAGUAAUCACAUUAACAGAGUAGUAAGUCAUCCCACACUUCCUGUUACGAUAACUGCUCAUGAAGAUAGACACAUCAAAUUUUUUGACAAUAAAACGGGUAAAAUGAUCCAUUCAAUGGUAGCUCAUUUGGAUGCUGUUACAAGUCUAGCAGUAGAUCCUAAUGGAAUCUAUUUGAUGUCAGGAAGCCAUGACUGUUCCAUUAGAUUAUGGAAUUUAGACAGCAAGACGUGUGUGCAAGAAAUAACAGCUCAUAGGAAGAAAUUGGAUGAGUCAAUUUAUGAUGUUGCUUUCCAUCCAUCAAAAGCAUAUAUUGCAAGUGCAGGAGCUGAUGCCCUUGCCAAAGUAUUUGUGUGAAUCCACAAAAACUCACAUCAUGACAAAAGAUUUGCUUGGACAGAAAAAUGGUCUGCAUCACUGCCAUCAAAAAGGGUAUUGAUAUAACACUACAUGUGUUCUGCCUAGUGAAGGCAAUUUGGGGCAGGCAUAAAUUGGUAGAAAUCACAUCUUAAUGUCAGGCUCAUUAAUUUAAUUGUAAUUACUGUAUUUUGUGGGACAUAAAGAAAAAGGACUCCAGUAUUUGUGGCCUAUACUGGAUAUGAACUGAGCGUAUGUCUGUUUUUUUUAGGUGUCUUUACGCCAAUGUGGAGUCUGAUCUUACAAAGACUUUUUUUUUCCCCUAAAGGACUCUGUGUGCUGCCUUAGGGUUAGGAAUGUGGUGCUCUUGUGGGGGGAAGUGAGCUCCAAGAGUAGCUUUUUUUCAUCUCUUAGUGAUCUUAUGUUUAUCAGUUGAAUGCCACAGAUUCCCUUUUAAACUUAUUUUGCUUUAAAAAAAAAAAAAAGAAGAAAAAGAAAAUUUAACUUAAAAUAUUUUAGCAUUAGUUGCACAAAAUGUUUGGAUAAAAUUCUAGUUUUUAUAAGUCUUUUUAUAUAUUUAGCCUGUCACAACAGUGCUCAAGAUUGUAUUGAAGUUUUUCUUCAUUAUACAACCCUAAACACAGAGAUCUCACUGACCAGCCACCCCCUUAACCACUUUCUUUCCUCCUUUUGCUUAAUACAGCUCAGCUAAGUCCUUCCAUAAAGAUGCUAAAUCACCUUCAUCAUCACAUAAAUGUCUUCAUGAACAAGGACUAUUAAGUGUAUUAAAAUGAAAAAGUGGGGUUUAGUACUCCAAAGGAACUCUUUAAAAAAACUAAUCUUGGCAUCCUAUCACUAUGUGAUAUUUUGUACAUCUUACUGUAUUUACAAGUUUAUUUAUCAAGGAUUAUCCAUCUUGCUAAUGGCCUAUUAUUUAUUUCACUUUUUGUUGGUCUUUAUAUCCUUUUAUUAAUGUGCUAAAGAAACCUGUAUAUCUAUUUUGGAACUCCUUUGAAUAGUCUAAAAUAGACUAAAAAUGGAAUAUUUUAUAGUUUAAGUUACAAAACAAGGUGUUUACCCCCCAAGAUACAUAUCUUGGUUUACCAUGAUUCCAAACAAAUUAUCUUGUUAAAAAAUAUUUGGAAUAAAAGUUUAUUUGCAUUACAAAUAGGAUACAAAAAUAGUUCAAUCAGGAUACAGAAAUCUGCUGUGUUUGGACUAGUUUUCCCUGUUUUAUUUUUUUAGAUGUGCUUAAUUUUAUGGUGUAACUAAAGAUUUUGUUUGUGUAAUGCAUGAUUAAGACAAUAAAGUAUUUUUUCUAGUCUUCCAAAAACUUUUCCGAUCAGUUUGCGAGUUUUGAUGAGUUUUGUAAGGUUUUUGUUUUACAAACUAUGAAUCAGCAAAUUUUUAAGAUUGUACCACAAAGCAAACAUACAGCUGUUGAAAAAUAAUGUAUAUAAAAUGCAUAUAAUAAAUAUAAAUUGUGUACCUGUAUGUUACUGUUGGCUACAUCAUUUUGUGUUGAAUAAUAAAGUGCAAUACUCUCCAUAAUUAAACUAGGAAAUGGAGAUGAUUUCUUAGUCCUUCAUUUUUAUGCUAUUAUUUUUAUACAUCAUAUUGCUUAUUGGUAUUCUAUUAAGAUUAGAACAAUAACACUUUUAACUCCUUUUGAAGUAUUUCACCCAAUUUGAGGAUAUUAAAAAAAAAAACUGUUAAAAUAUAUUAGACCAUUUGAAGUAACAAAAAAAAGCAGAUGCAAUUUUAAUAAUUUAUUUAAACAUCCUGUAACUGAA